AAUUGAAAGCACUAUUCACAGUGGCGUAGCUAGCCAAAUAGCAGUGGUCAUGCCCUCCCCUCAAAAUUUGAAAAAAAUAUGGGUGUGGCCAAAUUUUACCACGCCUAAUUUUUAGUUGAUGAGUUCCUUUUGGAAAUUUUAAUUUUAAGGCCUGUGACUAAAAAAAAUUUGAUUAACUUUUAGAAUGAAAUUUUUUUAUUUCAUAGCAAUCAUCUUGUUACACCAUGAAAUGACGUUUAUCUUAUAGCUGUGACACUAUUUUGGUUUGUUGGUAAUUUAUACAGACAGAGUUCUGGCAAUUUCCAAACAGAACUGUACAAAAGACAUUAAAAAACAUUAGUUUAGUAUAGUAGAUAAACUGAGCUUAAAUCAAAAAUUGUGUUGUUCUCCUAAUUUCUUUCAAUUUGCAGGCUGAAAUACAUUUGUAAAUUUUAGAGAUAAGCUAAAAUUUGUAAAUGAAACAAUAAAUCACAUGAAACUGAAUGGGAGCUUUUUGGUCAUCUUUUCCACAAAUAGUCUUAUUAUCAAUCUAUUGAAGGUAUUUUAAAGUCAUCACGAUUAACUAACAACCCCAAUAGAACUGAUAGAUGAAUAAAACAAAUUGGCAAAUGAAUAUGCAAUGUAAAUAUUGAUAUGAAAUAUAGGAAGCUAAAAUAAUGGGUAGGCCUAGUUGCAAAAUGUUUUCUGCAAAGUUAGACUUAAUAGAAGAAUACCUUGCAAAAUAAGUUUAGCUUAACAAAAACAUUGAUGUUUCCACAUAUACUUGUGGUAAAUAUCCACAUGAUUGGAUUGUCCUUACUAAAUCUAGCACACAAGGGUUGUAAAUGAAAUAAUUUGAUCUUGUAAAUUUUCAAAUACAUCAAAAGUUGUAAUAAUGAAAUAAAACUGUUUAACUAACAAGAUCAGUAACAUGCUUUACUUGUCUCUGGUCAUUUUAUUUCAACAGCUAUAAGUAGUAAAAAGGUACUUCCAAAUACAAGUGAAGUCAGUAGAGCUUUGAGUUUGACUUAAAUUGUGUGUAAAAACAGUGUUAUUGCAUGUGAUAAUAAACAAAAAGUUGAAGAAUAACUUUAAGCAAGUUUUGGCAUUCCCUGUCCAUUAACUACAAUCUUAUUGUCCUAAUCAUAAUAUGGUAACAAUGCUUUUAAAGGGCUUAACAGUUUCUGAAUAUGCUGCUAAAUGUCUGGAAAGUUUAAGCUCUCAAAUCUGUUGGUUUGGAGAAUAAUACUGCUAUCUCCUCCAUCCAUCUCCAGUGAACAGCACCAAGAUUUGGCAUUCAUUAAAUCAAGAAAAUUCUCUGCAAAUGUUCAACUAGUAACAAUUGAUUACUGAAAAGGCUGAGAGUUUGGUUUGGUUGCAUAAAAUGAUCCUGCUCGCAGAUUUUAUGUCCAAAAAUGGCCUUUCGUGCCUGUCACUUCUCCACAUAGUGCAACACCAUUAAGGCUAAAAAGCCCUGUCAUUGCCAUAAAAUGUUUCUGGAGAUUAACAUGAGUCGUGGCUGCUUGGCAAUAAGCUUUUGCUUGCAUUUUAAUUACAGAGAAUUACUGGAAUUACCUCCCAUCUCGUGGAACUAGGCAUAGCAGCGCCGACAUCGAUGCCUCGCAUUCGCGUUCACGAAAUAACACAGGGCGGUUCUGAUGAUUAUAAUGAUGGUCAUGCCCUCUCGAAAUGGCAUGACUAGCCUUUGUUCUCUCCUGCGUCACUCCUAUUGUUAGGCAUGACCAAACAUAGGGAACCAGCGUUAUGGGCAUGACUAAAACACAGGGUUUGGUCAUGCUCAUAGUUAUGGGCAUGACUAAAUUGGAAACCCUCUGUUUUAGUCAUGCCCGACAAUAGAAGAGCGCCUUCGGAGAGCUCCAUAGUCUUGCGUGGAACCAUAGGGCUCCAAAGGCAAAUGGCCUGAGCUAUUUCAUCAGGAGAAUAGGACUUUAUUCUUACGAAAAUAUAAUUUUUUGAAAAAUGUUAUCUCUGGAAAUAGAUGGUCAUGCCCGGCAUGACAAGCAUGACCGCUAGCUACGCCACUGACUAUUCAAUUAUCCAUUAUUAUCGAUUAUCUGUUAACAAAUUAUGAACAGGUGGAUUGAAUGGAUUACAAAAGGCGUUAGCAAAGUUCCCCAACACUCCCCCCUCCUUGGCUCAUGUCCCUAUGCGUCAAGUAACUGUAGCAUCUUAAAGCCCUGGUCAAGCGAUCCAACAUUUUACCCAACAUUUCGCCCAACAUCAUUUCCAGGUACUAUACACAGAUAUCUCUUAACACUUCUUAUAAUUCCUUGCCCCCCCCCCUUGCCAAGGACUUAUCUCAAGGUUAAAGGUCAAUUCUUUUAGAUUCUAGAAAAGGGUGAACAUCUCUGUCUCCAUGAAAUUUCUUCAAAAAAUUUGAAGUUGCUUUGAAUGUCUUGGCGUUAUCAGAGUUAAUUACUUCUGGGGUGCCCCUUUUUGCACAAAAUAUCUUUAAACAGUUUAAGAAUGUAGGAGUAGAUAAAUCUUCAACUAACUCUAGAUGCAGGGCUUUAGUCACGCAACAGGAGAAUAAACAAAUAUAUACCUUCAAAGUCGAUCCAAACAUUUGCAAAUGGAAUCGAUUCUUUGACUAUAAAGAUCUCCUGAUUCUUUUACUCAACGGGCCUACAAAGAUUUCCUGGAAUCGAUUCUUUUACUCUAAAGAUUCUUUUACUCAACGGGCCUGCAAAGUCGAUCCAAACAUUUGCAAAUGGAAUCGAUUCUGUUACUCUGAAGUCUGGCAUUUGUGCUGUUCUUGAUGGUUGGUAGGGUCGUCUUUCCAAUUUCCUGCAAACAAGACAUGAAUGUUGUUCCUGUAACCAGAUGUCAAUAGAUAAAAAGGCAAACUACAAGAAAAAAGAGGUGUUAGUUUUGCGAGGGAGGCUGUAGGUGCAUUGUUGAUGCAUUGACUGACAAUCAGGCCUAUUACGUCAUAUCACGAUGGAGAGUUAUAAAUUGAUUUUGCUGCUGGUGACAUGGCUGUACAUUUCCCAUCUUGGCACAUUGGGAUAUCAGUGCCCAAAACGUUGCAAGUGUUCUCAAAUUACUGUCCAGUGUAUUGGUGCUGGCCUAAAGACACUACCAUCAGAGAUUCCAUCAUCCAUUCGCUAUCUUGAUCUUUCUGAAAAUCCAUUAAUAAAGUUCCAAAACAAUUCUUUUGCUCGAUUUACGCAGCUAGAAAAGCUCGUCUUACGAGAAUGUUCUAUUAAGGAUACAUUUAUUCUUCCAAAGAGCCUCCGAAUUAUUGACAUGUCGGGGAACCAGUUAAAUGUUGAAGCAGUGGAGGAACUUUUCAAGGAGGAAAGAACGCCCAAUCUUAAGGAGAUUGCACUUAGAAGCAACAACAUUAUUUUAGAUGGACAGUUUUCAAUCUUUCCUAGAUCCGUCACAAACUUAAACCUUGACGGAAAUGUUCUGCAAAAGAUUGGUAGGAGUGAUUUGAAUACAUUGAAGAAACUCCGGUCCCUUAUUCUGUCACACACAGGUUUGCAAAGCAUUGCCAAGGGGGCGUUUGAUCAGCUCAAGGAUCUCCGAGUCCUAGAAAUAAAUACAAACAAACUCACUUAUUUGCCAGCUAAAACAUUUCAACACAAUAGAAACCUAGGAAGAAUUGAAAUAAACGAUAAUCGUUUGAAGGCAUUACCGGAUCUUACUGGAAUUAGAAGCCUUGUCGACUUACACUUGAAAAACAACUUGCUCAAAAUGGCAAGGAAUUUAAAUGUUCGAUCAAUUUCAUCUUUGGAUCUGUCAUUUAACCUCAUUGAAUCCUACAAUUUCUCGAAAAUCCUUGUUCUCACAUUAGAUUUGUCUCACAACAAGCUUAAAAUGAUUGAGAAAAAUACCUUUCCGAAGCUGAGUAACGUAUUUGCAAUUUACCUGCAAAGUAAUAACAUUAAGAGUAUUGCAAUUAAUGCGUUUGAAGGUAUUGAAUACAUCGGAGACCUGUUUCUUCAUCGAAAUCAACUCAAGAACCUACAAAAAGGCAUUUUUAAUGGCCUAUCUAUAAAAAAAUUGUCGUUGUUUGCCAACGAAUUAAGCACCGUCGAUGGCAUCUUUCAGGGUGUGAAAACACCCCCUUACCAACUUUUAUUGUUUGGAAAUAAAUUGAAGUCUAUUAGAAGCUCAGACUUUCAGAAGAUGCCGAACGGUUCGCAGAUUUACAUAUCAUGUAACAGUCUCGACGAAGUUCCAAACCAUUUUGAUAUUAAUCCAAAAGUGAUUUGCAGCCCAACUCGAAAGCUGGUCAUAAAAACAGCAACAACAGCGCUUGAAGGUGAUGGCUUUCAAUGUUUUGAAAACUUGAAGGUGAGAUACCACUUUGACUGCAAGCCAUGUCAGGUUGGCUACUACGGCAAUGAUGGCUGUAUUGCUUGCCCUGCUGGGGCUUUCUAUCAGGACGAAAUGGCAGCCAUUGCAUGCAAGCCCUGUCCAUUAGGCCAGUUUGUGCCACUAGAUAAAGCACCAGGGAAAAGUCCAUUGCAAUGUCUCACAUGCCCUUUUGGGACAAAUACAAACAGCUCCGCAGCUUAUCGCGCGUGUAAAUGUUUGCCUGGUUUUGCAAGAAGUCAUCGGUUUCAAGGAUGCACAAAAUGUACUCAAGAAGGGUUUUCAUGUCAAACAGAUUACAAGGAAUUGACUAGAGGCUAUUGGAUGUCGUGGCAAACAAUGCAAUCUGCAUCAAAUACAUCUUGCAAGACGUUGUACAAGGCUUUUAUGCAGAAUCUGGAUACAAAGAACGAUACAUAUGACCGGGCUACAAUCAAGUACGAUUGUCACAUGCCCACUGCACACAAAUGCCCGCUACAAGGCUCCUGCCUUGGUGGCAUAGAGGCUGAUUGUAAGCGAGGCUACACUGGAAUAUUAUGUGCAGUUUGUCAGGGGGGAUGCAUGAAAAACUUUGGUAAAUGCACUAAAUGUCCCUCUUCAGUCAUUGCAGCGGUGCAGUGUGUUGCAUUCUUUUUGGCGUUUGUUUUUAUUUGCUGGUUAAUGUCCAAAGUUGAUAAAGUGAAACUCGCAGGAAACGAUAGCAAAACAUUUGCUGAUUUAAUUCUGUCAACAUUGAAAAUCCUCAUUGGUUUUUAUCAAGUGCUAGUUGGCAUCAUACACGCUCUUCCAAACAUUCAUUGGCCUGGAAAUCUUACAAAAGCUGUCAGAGUUUUUGAAUUUAUUCAGUUCUCGAUCUUCCAUAUACCUGCUUUGCAUUGCAUAAAGCGAGAAUGGCGCAUGGACGCCAUCAAGGAAUUCUGGUUUGCCAUCAUUGCCACCGCGACUGUUCCCUUCAUAAUUUGUAUUUACACAACAAUCAAAUCACUUUGCUCUUACUGCUGUGUUAGGGAUACAGUGGAGUUCAGAACGAGGCUUAGGAAGAACGUUCAGCAAUGCCUCGAGGCCAUAUUUCUGUUUCUUUUCGCGACCUACCCCUUGACAUCAAGCAAGAUAUUCCAAAUCCAACCCGCCAGCUGCCAUGCAUUCUGUACAUCGGAAAAGGACGGGCAGUGCUUGCACAGAGUCUCGUACCUGCGAUCGGAUUACCGUGUUAGCUGUACAUCAGGCACGAGUGAUGACGUAAUUGUAACCAAAGCUGCAAACGAAGCCUUAAUUUUGCCCUUCGGCUUUCCUUUGCUGCUAUUUCUUCUUCUCUGGCGGUUAGCUCCCAAAAAGAACACUGAUGAUGCGCAGCGACAGCAGCCCGCCGGGUCAAUUAACGAUGAUGGCGAGGAGGCAGCUGCGGAGGAGUCUGUUGUAGCCGUGGCGCUUAGACUCUUCUACGGCAACUACAAGCCGGAAAGCUGGUACUGGGAGGUGACUGAAAUGGUUCGAAAACUGAUCAUCAGCAUUGCAAGUGCUCUGGUCCUGCACAACAUAAAGAUAGGGUUGUUUGGGCUUAUAAUCUUAAGCAUUUUGUUCGCUGUUGCUCAUGCUCGGAUGUGGCCAAUGAAAGACAAGUUUGACAACUUGAUGCAGUUACUGGCUCUAGUGAUUGUAGCGGUGAAUCUGUGCUAUGGUGUAACACAAAAUAGUGCGAUUGGUGAUGACGAAAUUCUCGAGCAAAGCAAAGACAAGUGGGGACUUGGCGUUAUGCUAGUCUCCCUCAACUCCCUGCUGCUCGUGCUGUUGUUUGGUCGAUUGUUUUGGGAGAUUUUAAGAAAAAUUUGCAAUUCUAGACUUUGUGAAACCUCAUGCUCACAAUUUGGAGCAUAUUCCCGUAAUGGUGACCUUUCUGAAAACCUUUUAGAGGGUAACGGAAGUGAUAUCAUUCUUUAGUUUUUUUAUCAGAUUCACCUCGUUAUCUUCUACCUCUGAGGUUUAUAUCAAAAACAUAGUUCCUAGUACUUUACUAUAGAGAGUUUUAAGGGUCUUGUGCAACCGGCAUGCUUUGCGACUUUUCUCGGUAGCGGCCUAUUAUCGUACCAUGGGAAAAUACAAAAUUCAGGUCAUUUCACCUUUCGUAAAAAUUGCAAAGCAUGCCGGCCAAAUUUGAGCUGUUAAGAUUAGAAACAGGAUAAAGCCAUUGAAUAAAACAGGUUGAUAGGAAUGUGUCUUUUGUUAAAUUUUCUUACUUGCUUUUAUUCAAGUGACAGUUCCUUUUUUUUAAAAGUAAGGUUUGUAAUUUAAAGAAGUUUGCUUUCUUGAUUUUUCUUUCAAAUUUGCCACCAAAUUUUUUCUACUCAAUGCCUCAUUUUUGCCAAUGGGAAAAGAACUUGAUUUCAAUGCUGUAAUAAAGAAUAAUCAUACCCUGGCAAUUCAUUUUUUUGAAGAAGAGGUUCAUUGAAACUCCAUUUUGUGGUGAUCUCACCCAUUUAAGAAGUUAUCAGAGAGAAUAAAGACUGUUGAGAAUAUUUCAUAUACCGUAAAUCCUCGAAUUUGCCCCCUGGGGGCUUAUUAAUUUUUGAUAUUUUUGAAUGGGGGGUUAUUCGAGGGGGGCUUUUUCGAGGGGGCGGCUUCAGGGAGAGGGGCUUAUAUUCUUUAUUAACAUUUAAUUUUUUAUCACCAAAAGUAUGAAUUUUUGUGGCAAUUCAAUAAAACACCAAAGGCAACCUCAGAUGGCAACAAUCAACAAAUCGAGGGGGGGGCUUUUAACGAUUCUUUAUUUUGAGUGGGGUUUGUAAAGCUACUGCGAGCCUCACAAAAAAUUAUGUAUAUAAAAGAGAAACGUCAAAGGAUUUACAACCUCAGAAAACAACAGCAAUUCGGCUUUGUCAUCUUACGUCUUUCUUUGCUUCUAACAACGUCUACAUUCGCGGCAUGCCUGUUCUGUUGAUAUUGCUAUUACCUAGUACUACCCAUAUUUGGUUAUCGUAAGACUUGUGUACGCUGGUACCACCCCUUUCGCGCUGUUAACUUUACCUUUUUGGUAGUAAUUUUUAUGUUAGUUAUCUUGUCACGCCGUUACAUAGUUAGGAUGUCAGUCAAUUCUUGUAGCCGAAAGUAGAAGACAUGAACAAGUCAACAAACAGGAUAUAAACAAGUUAUUUUAACGAGUUUCUUGAAACUGGACAAACCAGAAUAACGAGUAUAAUUCGAAGAGCGUCUAUGUAGCAACAGGUUUAUUCGAAGGGGGAGGGGGCUUUUCGAGGGGUUGGGGACCUGUUCGAGGAUUUUCGGUAUAGAAUUUCAUCAUAAGUAGACGUAUUAACUCUUCAAUCCCAAAACAUCAGAAAUAUCGUGCUCGACAAGUUGAGCGUGUAAAAUUCCGAAUUCAGAGAGGAGCCUUUUGCUAGAUUCGAAAUUUUACACGUUCAACUUAUUAGUUUUUCAUUUAUUUGAUGCAGUUAUUUAAAAUAAAUGGAAUUUUCCUUUUACUGUCAUUCCUUUGCUGAGCAUUAUUUCACAUUUAGCAAUAAGUAAGAGAUAUCUUUUUCACUAAAUGAUGUUUCAUGACGUUAACGUGGCAAGGGAAACUUUUUCUAUGAAGCAUAUUUGCAGUGUUGAUAGAGAGCAGAUAUGAAUACAGAGUUAUAGGUCGAUUAAAACUAAACUUAAACUAAGUUAUAGGUCGAUUAAAAAUUCAUGUGUUCCUUGUCUCCACAAACGUCGUAGACUGCACUACAAGCAAACAUCAAGCAGCUGAUUGUGUUGGAAAAACCCCUCAACGCGCAGAACCGCUUAAUGCAGGUUAUUCACUUAACGACACUUCAUGCUGUGCUAAGUCGUUAGUAACAUAAUCUAUUUGUAUGGUUUACCUAUGAUAACCUCGUUUUCAAUCAUUUACUCAUAUGUGCAAUAUCUAGCAAGACAUGACUAUGAUAAAACUAUUGUAGUAAAUUCAAAACGUUAGCAUUUGAUCGGUUCCCGGGGUACGCUUUCGUUAUUCUGAUUGGCUUAUAUUUUUGUCGCAUUUCAUAUAUCCUCGUUGACUAACAUAAAAAUGUCAUGUGAAUCAGGAGUAGUAGUAGAGACGUAGAGUUGUAAGAAGAAAUGGAAGAUCUUUUCUCUGCGUUCAUUUUUUCGUUGAUGUUAAGAACUAGCGUUCUGCAGUUGAAUUCUCCAAUAGAUUGUACCGCACAGAAGUCAGUUAUACUACAUUAGACGAUAUUUUCAGAUUUAUGUGCCUCUAAUUAAGAGCAUUAUUGACAAAAAUCACAUAAAACUUGUCAGGAUCGUAUCCAGAGCAAAUCUGGAGCAAUGCAAUUGAUAGUGGGGGUGCUGAGAAAUUUUCAGAAAUUGGUGACAAGAGUACACAGUAUAAAACAAUUUUGACCCCAAUUACUGACAGAAGUUUGUUAGAAUAUAAUAAGUAUUAGAGUUUGUGAAGAAUCGUCUCUCUUUGUGUUAGCCGUUCAGUCUAAAGUUUAGCCUUGGAAUGUUAUAAGAUGGACGUGGAAAGAAAAGUAAAGCCGCUCACAGAAAUCAGCAUUUCUUCAAUGUUUCAUUCUUCUCUGAACCUAAACCUCUAAAGGUCCAAUCCUCUCGACUUUAAACCUCAAUUUCACAAUUUUCGUCGUUUGUCCGGAUCUCCGUCGAUUAUUUUUUCUUUCUUUUAGCCUCCAAAACCCCAAGUGAAUCUUUCCUCCCAGACUUUAGUUCUUUUGGUUUUUUGGAGCAGCCAUUUGUUUCCAUCUCUUCACGGAACUCGAAACUUGCGAGAUCAACAUAUACAUUGCAAUAUGUUUAUAUUUAUAAUUGUUUCUUGAGAUUUGUUUCUUUGCCAACCUGUUUCCAUCUUUUGUAGGUGGGCGGGCUCUUAACAUCGGUACCAUGGGGGUUUGCUGCGAGAAUCCGAGCCAAUGUCUCGCCUUGUAGAAUUCCUCUGGGAACAAAUCUCAGAUCUCUGUUGACUCGUCAUUCAUUUCUCAAACUCCAAAGUAUGAUUGAAUGAAAUCCACUGAAAGAUAUCGCAUAAACCCCGAAUACAUUAAAGGCAGAAAAUCAAAAUCUCGCAGAUGUUGUUGGGAGAUUUCAAUGCUGAAGAGACGAAUAAACGUUUAUAAAACUUUCUGAAGACGUAUAGCGUGAAGAAACUGGUAAAAAAACUUACCUGCUAUAAGACUGAGGCGCCAACAUGCAUUGAUUUAAGUUUGUCAACUCGUAAUCAAAGUAUGCAACAUGAAAUAGAAACAGGCCUAUCUGAUUUUCAUAAAUUUAUUGUAUUGUAUUACACUAUUGUAUUACUGUAUUGAAAACCACUUUCCCAAGGCAAGGUUCCUCCGUCAUAAAUUAUCGUAAUUAUAAACAUUAUUACCAAACCAAUUUUAGACAAGACUUGCGAACAGAGCUUGGCAACAUCUAUGCUUCAAAUUCCAACUAUGUAGUGUUUGAAACUGCUUUUUGAAUAAUGCGUCAAAUAAACAUGCACCACCAAAGAAAAAUUGUGUUAGAAAAACGAUGCACCCUUUAUGAUUACAGUCGAUUUACACGAGGCGAAGCGAAUUUUUCAAGAUUUUUCAAGCGAAGCGAAUUUUUCGCCACGAAUUUUUUAGCUGUGAACUUUUCUCUCGAGUUCGAAGUUCAAUUUACACUGGCAGAAAUCUUUAUUCAAAUUCACUGCAAAUAUUGCAAAGGACUAUAGCGACUUUCCGAAGAGUGCUUUUAUCAGAAAGCUUCAAAUUUCAAAGAUAAUUUUAUUCCAAAAGCGGCAAAAAACCAUAAUGGGCAACAAAUUUUUUUUAUUCAGAACUUCUUCAGAAGGGGAAACUCUUUCUUUCGGUAAGAGAGGUUUACAUUUACACAUACAUGACCAGGAUAGCUUUUCCAAAUACUUUCAAAGGUCGCCAUCGAAGUUUGCACAAGCAUGCGAGAUCCUGUUAGUGCAUGAAAUGAAUCCGGUAUCGUAUGAACAGAGCUUAUUAUUAGCAUCGGAUUGGGUCAGUGAAUCCGAUAUGAAAUGA